ACAAUCUCUUCUUCUUUGCUGCUGUGACACUUGCACGGUGUGCUGAUUCACCUCUCUAACAAUGCUGUGCAGGAGGUGACGCCAUUCUGGGAACUGUACUGCUUAUUUCCAUCAUUCUGGAUUUUAGUAAUGAGAAGGCUGUAUAAUCCAAAGGAUGACGCUGUGAAGUAAAUACCAUCUCUGGCCAACAUGUUCAAAAACUGUUGCCUUGGUUGUUGUAGUUCCAUCUCACAGAGGGUAAAGCAUUAUUUUCAUGAAAAUGGCUUUGAGCUCAAGAUGCUGUUAUCAUUUGCGGCGCCUUUGGUCUUUAUAAAUGUCAUGGAUUUUGUACCAAUCAUCAUAACUGCCAUGUUUGUUGGGCAUAUUGGAAAAUUACAGCUGGAUGCCAUCAUGCUAGCAGUAUCGUAUACCUCAGUGUUUGGAAUUGCGGUGGGACUUGGUUUAAAUGUAGCCUGUGAUACACUCCUUUCCCAGAUUUAUGGAGGAAAAAACAUCAAAUACAUUGGGGUCGUUGUCCAGCGAGCGAUCCUCAUCCUGUCUCUGGCAUGUUUUCCGUGCUGGGCCUUCUAUAUCAAUACCGAGAACAUCCUUCUGCUUUGUGGACAGAACAAAGACUUAGCAAGGGAGACUGAAUUGUGUGUUUUGGUCCUAAUUCCGGCCCUUCCUGCAUUCUUCUUUGUACAACUUGAGCUACAUUUCUUGCAAAACCAGGAGAUCAUGUGGCCUCAAAUCCUAAUAAGCUUUUUGGCAAGUAUUGUCAGUGCCAUUGUGAAUUACCUGAUGCUUUUUGUUCUAAAGUUUGGAGUCAUGGGUGCUGCUUUUGCAAUAUCCAUAGAAUCAGUUUUUGAAUGCAUCGUGUUGUUUAUCUAUAUUCAAGUGAAAAAGCUGCAUGUUGCAUCCUGGCCAGGUUGGACAACAGAAUGUUUGAAAGACUGGUGGCCCUUCCUAGCAUUGGGCAUUCCUGGCAUUCUGGUAAUGGGCUUUGAAUUAUGGGCUUAUCAAAUUGCAAUGUUAUUAGCAGGUCUUAUUAACUUAGUGGAACUUGGAGGACAAUCUGUUCUGACUCAGUUAAUGACCCUAAUCCACAAGAUUCCCAUUUCUGUUGGCAUGGCUGCAAGCAUCAGGGUUGGCAUUUUUUUAGGAGCUGGAGAAACUGAUCAAGCAAAGAGAUCUGCUAAAUUGAGCAUGGUUGUAGUAGCUUUAUUUACACUGAUAAUCUUCAUUUUACUCCUUGCCCUGAAGAAACCACUUGGAGAAAUAUUUACCAAUGAUGAGGCUAUUAUUAUUCUGGUGUCCCAAACCAUGCCUAUCUGUGCCUGCUUUUAUGUUAUUUGUUCACCGGCUGCUGUUUUCAAUGGACUACUUAGAGGCAUUGGGAAGCCAGAGAUUGGGGCAUUGGCACUUGUUGUAGGUUACUGCCUUAUCACUUUUACAGUUGGUGUACCCCUUAUGUUUGCAUUGAAACUAGGUAUAAAAGGUUUUUGGAUUGGAAUGAUUUCCGGGUUUGCUUGUAUUGAUCUCUUCUUUUCUAUAUAUUUCUGGAAAGUAAACUGGAACCUUAUGACAGAAAAGGCUAAGGAACUUGUAGGCUUGAGAAAGAACCUUGGAUUUUUUGAGCAUAGUAUUGAUGCCCCAGAUGACAGGGAACUUACCAACUAUGCUGCCCUACAUUCCAGCAGUAGUGAAAUUGAGCUCCAACAAAAAGAUACUUCAGAUGUGGCAGAAGAGGACAGGCAAGCUUUGAAGUGGCUCAUCAUCCGACGGAGUUUAGAGGCACUUGCGGUUAUUUCAACUUUGUUUAUUGGACUUAUUAUAAAAUUCACUGUUAAACAGCACUAGCUGCAAUCCCAGCAGCAACAGUGCAGUUAUGCAUGUCAUUCUGUAUAGUAGGGUCUUUUUAUACUAGUGUACUUUAUUGCUGUGCAUUAAAAAAUAAAUAAUAAUGUACAGAUACUGACAGUCAUGAGAUAUAUAACAGCUAAA